GACAACGGGCCUGCCCAGAGCAGGAGACCGAUGCCGCACGGGACGGGCGGCAGCCCCGUGGACAACAAGCAGAUGCUGAACGUGCAGCACCACCACCCGACCCGGCUCUACGCCAACAGCGGCUCCGAGUCGGCUCUGCCGGGCCAGCUGAGCGGGCUGCACAUCGCUCCCGCCCAGAGCCUCGAUCCCUUGAAGUCUCUCCCCCGGAACAGAAAUGGGAUUGAUGUGGAGUCGGAUGUCUACAAGAUGCUUCAGGAUUACGACAAGCCCGUGUCAGAGCCUAAGCAGUCCGGAUCCUUCCGGUACUUGCAGGGCAUGUUGGAGGCUGGCGAGAACGGUGAAAAACUCGACAAACUGAGCAACCCCCGAAACAUCAAGUCCCCAGUGUCAAAGCUCGGCGGUGCCAUGUCCGGGCUCCAGAUGCUCCCCGAGUGCACCCGCUGCGGGAACGGGAUCGUGGGCACGAUCGUCAAAGCUCGGGACAAGCUCUACCACCCCGAGUGCUUCAUGUGCGACGACUGUGGCCUCAACCUGAAGCAGAGAGGGUAUUUCUUCAUCGAAGAGCAGCUGUACUGCGAGACGCACGCGAAGGAGAGGGUUAAGCCCCCCGAGGGAUAUGACGUGGUGGCUGUUUAUCCAAACGCUAAGGUUGAACUUGUCUAA